CACGACCACAAUUUCGUGCUCGUGACUUGCAACAUCGACGUGCGCGCGCAUCGCUCAUCAGACUCAAGACUCGUGACUGUUACGUCGCAUCUCUUCGCCGUCCAGCAACGGCACACGCUCCAGCCGCUCUAGCUCACCUGCACCACUCGUGACUGCUGCUAUCUUUUGCUGGGCAAGAUAUCGCGACAAAGAUGUCGUCCAACGUCGCUAGCACUCCUACCCGUGCACCACCAGCACAGCGUCCCGUCGCCUCUCUGCCGUCUCAAGCUGCUCGGCCCUCGGCCGCUUCAGCCAGCGCAGCUCUAGCCAUCGCGCGCAAAAGGAACGCAGCCGAUGCUCUGCUCGUACCCGGCGCGACGUCCGGUGGAGGAGCUGGAUCCAAUAGCUCCAAACGAGGUAGACCUACGAGCAGAGCGCUGCCUCCUAGCAUCGUCAGACAUGUACCGGAGAGCGCCGUGUACGGUGAUUUGUGCAGAGUAGAGAGAAGCUUGGACUGGACAGUGGCGAGGAAACGAGCAGAAGUCUCAGAGAGCAUCUCGAAAACUCCAAAGGUAAAGCGUAUUUUGCGCAUCUUUCUGUCCAACACGUGCGCGAAUCAACCUUUUCAGCGCGCAAGCGCAGACGGAGAUGUUCCCAGCACCCUCGAAGGGACGGGCGUACACAAUGCGGAAAAUGCAACCGCCAGUACCGAGGCGGAGGGCUCAAAUGAUGGAGGCGCUGACAAAGCACAAUCUAGCACGGACGCAGUAGUCACGAACAGUGCCGACGUGCCAUCCUGGACAUUGCGAAUUGAAGGUCGGUUAGUAGCGCCUAGCAAUUUGUCUAGGGCAGCAUCUGCUCAAGCUGCACAGGCGGCUGCUACCAGGGUGGGAGCGCACAAGUUCACCAAUAUGGUUCGAGCGGUAGUGGUCGAACUUCAGCGAGAUCAGGCACUGCAUCCCAACGAGAGCAACAUGGUGGAGUGGCAUCGACCCGUUCCUACUGCAGUGCCUGACAGAAGCAGCGCUGCUGUGGGUUCUGCAGGAGUAGGGGAGCCUCCGCUCAUCACCACUUCUGAACCUGCCUUGGAUGGCCUGGAAGUCAAGAGGACCGGAAGCACGCCGGUCAAGGCCAAAAUUGUGCUUUACCCAGCAUAUACCCCGGAGAGGUACGCACUUUCGCCUGCACUCGCAACUCUGCUGGAUGUCAAGGAGGAGACACGAGCGGGAGUCAUUGCCGCUCUUUGGGGCUACGUCAAGGCCAACGGUCUUUUGGACGAAAACGAUCGGAGGUUGGUCAGGUGCGAUGCAGCUCUGGGAAGCAUCUUCAAUGUGGAUCACAUCUUGUUCCACCACAUGCCUGAAGUCGUCAACAGACAUCUGCACCCCGCCCAACCCGUUGUCAUCGAGUACUGGAUCCGAACGGACGUGGCCCAACAUAAACAUCCCACUGCUUACGAUAUCGAGAUGGAGCUGGACGACUGGUCCACGCGCAAAGCGAGGGAGAGCGUCCUGGACGCAUUUGACCCCAAGGGCGAGGCAGCACAAGAGAUUGCCGAACUGGACGAUAGGAUCGCACAGGCAACCUCGACGCUGUCGACACGCGCCCUGUCACGAGAUUUCCUGAGCACCUUUUCGCAGAACCCGCAUGCCCACCUGCGAUCCUGGCUAGCCUCCCAAUCUCGCGACCUAGACGUGGUACUAGGCUCCGGGGGUCUAAGCGGCAACGGCGGUACCGGCACAGGCACAGGCUCAGGUGGCGCUCUGGCCGGCCUGACCGACGAGGAGCUGAGAAGGGCAGGAACGUUUCGCGGUAAAUGGGUCGACGAAGCAGUGGUCGUCUUGGAAAGCGCUCGAUAUGCCGAGAGACUCUUGGGCUUGCAGAGGGGAGAAGGCGGACCGGCCAACCAGGCCUUGCCUCCGCAUGCGCUUGCGCAACAGGGACAUGGCAACAAAUCUUCGCCUGCUGCAGCGGGAUUGCCUCAUGCGCAGCAGGUUGCUGGUGCUUCGCAGGCUUAUGGCAACAUGCCACCGCCUACCGGUAGACCUGGAUCUGUCGUCAACACUCCUAGACGCUGAGCACAUGCGGAUCCUUUGUAAAGUCAAUUUCUAUUCUGCCAUCUCGUUCUUCUCCGCACUGUACCUGUCGACUUGAGCGGUCCGCGAACGCGAUGUGGCGCUCAGGGCGUUCCAAUGUCUCAGCCAGUCGGAGACGCUCUCUGCUUGCGCCCAAGUCUCUAGCCUCGAGCGUGCAUCCUCUCUUCUUACCCGCAACACAACGGCAGACUGAAUGUCUCACAGAGGCGUCGAGAAGCACUACGAAGAUCGACAAUAUGGCAUCGUAUUCGUUUUCCUUUGCCGUUAGGAAGACAGAAUGAGUAUGACUUUUGCCGGGUAAAAAGGGCAAUCUGUUGUACAUGAGAGCACAGCGCAUCAAUCAUCAGCGAUCGGAGCUUCUUCGUCCAAGACGCGAAUGAGUUUG